GGCCCUAGCAACCGAGUCAACCGUUCGGGCCCCGGGGGAAGAGAAGCCGCUCGGAUCCUCCGCUGGCUUGAAGAAGGGCAUCCCGAGUCCGAAAAAGGGCGGAGCGGAGGCUGGAAGAGUUUUAUUAUGCGCCGGGGACGUGAUGCGUGGUGAAAAACCAUAUCUGACAUGACUUCUAUAAAGGAGCAAGCGGCAAUCAGUAGAUUAAUAACUUUCUUACAAGAAUGGGAUAGUGCUGGCAAAGUUACUCGAAAACGUAUUCUUGAAAAUUUCAUUCUUGCUAACCAAGACAAGACUGGUCCAGAACUUGAGAUAGAAUUCUCACAGGGAGCCAGUUUGUUUCUGGCACGAAUAACUGCCUGGCUCCGGCUAACCUAUAUGUACGGAACAUGUCUGGAACAACAGUUAAAAUCAAUUGGCAUCUUUCUUUCAGCUGCAAGUGGCCAGCGAUAUCUUCUUGAAUUCCUGGAAAUUGGUGGUAUCCUCACAUUAUUGGAAAUACUUGGGCUGAAACAAGUGAAAGAGGAAGACAAAAUGGAGUCUGUAAAACUUCUUCAGUUAGUGGCAAAAUCUGGCAGGAAAUUCAAAGAGCUUAUCUGUGAGAGCUAUGGUGUGCGAUCAAUUGCUGAAUUUUUCGCCACUUCCAAGUCAGAAGCAACACAAGAGCAAGUGCAGAUUCUUCUGGAUACAUUAGGACACGGCAACCCCAAAUAUCAAAAUCAGGUGUACAAAGGGCUGAUUGCUCUUUUAAAGUGCACUUCUCCCAAAGCCCAGCAGCUGUCACUACAAACACUCAGGAUAAUACAGUCAAUUGUGGGGAAAGCCCAUCCGAGCAUUGUUGAUUCUGUGCUGAGUGUGCUUCGCUCUCUGAAUUUUGAGGUACAAUAUGAAGCUAUUCAACUGAUCAAGGACCUUAUGGCCUAUGUUGUGCGACCAGCUCUGCUAAAAGGCUUGGUUUCAUUACUAAAGCCAUCAAGGCAGGAGACAGCCAAGAUGCAAGCAAGAAUUUUGGAAGAAGCAGGAUCUUUGCGCCUGAUGGAAUCCUUGCCAGCAUAUGUUCAGCAAGCUGCAGCAGCCAAAACCAUUGGAAUUCUGGCCCGGGAGUCUAGAGAAGUGGCUGAGGAGCUGAUCUCUUUGAAUGUGGUACAUGGCCUUAUGUGUGCCAUGGGCAACAAGGACCACACCAACGGUCAAAGACAAGCUAGCAUCACAUUAGAGUAUUUUGUACAGAUGUUUAUAGUGAUUGAGAACUACGUUCGGAGGGCCAUGGGAGAAAAAUUGUUCGAGCUAUUCAUGCAAGAUGCUGCAAAUUUGUACUUGAAUAUGGACGCUGUACAGGCUGAUAUACUUGCUACCAAUAUAGUCAAUAUUCCAGCAGAUUGUUUGGCUAAAGGAGAAACUUCUUUUACAGAGACAGAAUCAAGCCCUGAAGAAGAAUGGCAAUCUGAAGACAGUGAAGUACUUUCUGAGUCACUUGCUUAAUUUCAUUCAAGUAUUAGGCUUAUUGUUGAUUUUAAUCUUCUCUCCAUUUUUCUGCACCCUUUGCAAAAAGUACCUUUUUCAAAAUCUUUUAAUGCAUCCCUGUGAAGAAUGUAACUGCAGUGCAAACUG